AUGUGUUCCCACCCCAAUAAACCCACCCCCUUCAUUCCACAGGAGUCUCCUCUCCCUCAGGAGCUUCUGGAGCGGCUCUCUCGCAGCGAGAUCCGCAGCAUCAGCGACCUCCAGCGGCUGCUAGAGAUAGACUCCGUAGAGAACGAGGUGAUCGAGGAGACCAAACACAGCUACCACAAGGACUUCUCUCACAGCUUCCCCGACCUAAAGAGAGCACACACACAUACCAGACACAGGAGGAGCACUGUGGUAGAAGAGGCCUUGCCAGCAGUGUGCAAAGUUCGGACAGCAAUUUAUGAAAUUCCCAGGAGCCAGGUGGAUCCCACAUCGGCCAACUUCAUCAUCUGGCCUCCCUGUGUCGAGGUGAAACGCUGCACCGGCUGCUGCAACACCAGCAACAUGAGGUGCCAGGCGGCUCGCAAACACUACCGCACUGUUAAG